AUGUCGCAAGAAUAUAUGGACCAGAUGGAUCAGGAGUCCGACGACUACAACGAGAUCCGCCCAACAUUUUACAUUGGCCAGCAUGAUUCGACAAGAUUGGAGACCUUGACCGAUUUACAAUAUGGCCAAGUCUUGAAUGCUGGUUUCAGCUUCGUCACAACCCCGAUUACAAAUGAGAAUUUUCAUCAGCGUGUCGUGGAGUUGGUCAAAGCUAGUCUAUCAGAUGCUAGAUACAAUGAGAAAGCUGGCUCUAUUCUCGAUCCCGUGGUACCUCCGUUGACCACCGAGGAUACCACCCUCUUUCCGGGCACCUAUACGAGCGGGCUUGUCGCCUACUCUAGUCCUUGGAUAGAUUUGUGCUCUCCCAACCAUGUUAUCUCUAGCAUUUCGAGGCAGGUACUAAACCUCGAAGUUUCUUAUGCUAAUUUCUGCGGGGCGAGGAGCAUUAUAAUCCCUGGGCCCAGAGAAGACUCGGUCAAUACAGGUAAUGGCCAAGGUAUUGCACAGUAUGCUCGAGCUAUCCAAGAAGCAUUUUCCAUCGGUACUCGAGUCAGCAUCAUCAUCCACAUUCCUAUGUAUCGCGAGCCAAGUCUGGAAGAGCGAGUGCCACUUCUAUCUGUGCUAGAUAGCAAUCCAGACCAAACAUCUGUUGCUGGACAGAAAAUAGAUCUCUUCAGUUCUUGGGAUUCUUGGCAUAUCAUCCGUUCUGUUUGCGAGUAUGAUACUAGGCUCUUUGUUGCGCUCAAAAUUCCGCGAGUCCUUCCAGAGAAGCAGCUGCAGACGAGGUGGUUCUCCGAACCCCUUCAAUACUUGACAUUCAGCCCCCAGACAUUCCAGACGAACAAGGCCGGCCAUCCUUCCCUAAGCCGCUACCACCAAGACAUGAUCUUCACUUACAUGCGCUUAAAAAAUGCCCCCUACUUUCUCCUCUGCGACGUCGGCCCAGAAUUGCAAGCAGAUCCUCAUCCUAAAGAGAUAACGUCGGCUGAAUUCCCGACUCUCACCGAGGCCGCCGCACAACAAACUGCAAGUGCCAAUGAAAAAAUCAAGUCCCAAGGGCAGAACGCCUACUCCGCCUAUCUCCGACACCUCGAGAGGCAGCAGGAGUCUCUUAGUGACCUGGAGCAAAACACCUUGUCCAACUUUCAGGAUUGGCUGCAGUCACCCUUGCAACCGCUCUCGGACAACCUCGAGUCCGUCACGUACGAGGUAUUUGAGGGCGACCCGGUCAAGUAUUUCCAAUAUGAGAUAGCAAUCGCAGCCGCGCUCAGGGAUUGGGCCGCGGAGGGCAAGCCCACAUCUUCUCCUGGCGGUGAGGUCGUUAUAGCGGUUGCUGGGUCUGGUCGUGGACCGCUUGUCACCCGUGCUCUGAGAGCUAGUCAAUCCACUGGCGUUCCUGUGCGCGUCUGGGCUGUUGAGAAGAACCCUAACGCCUACGUAUACCUACUACGGCAAAACCAGCGGGAAUGGGAUGGUCGUGUCACCGUCGUCAAGACGGAUAUGCGUGCGUGGAAGGGACCAUUGCUCUCCGAUUCAUCUUCCUCCACCGGCCCCGUCUACGGCAAAGUCGACAUAUUGGUAUCUGAGCUCCUAGGCUCGUUCGGCGACAACGAGCUAAGCCCCGAGUGUCUGGACGGCAUUCAACACGUGCUGGCACCGCAAGUCGGCAUUUCAAUCCCAGCAUCGUACACAGCGCAUGUAAGCCCUAUCUCGACGCCUCGUAUCCAUGCAGACAUCAAGCAGCGGGCUGCCUCGUCCCCAUCGAGCGAUGCUUUCGACACGCCGUGGGUGGUACGACUGUUCGCGCUGGACUUUGUCGCGGAGCGAGUACCUGAUAGACCGCGAUUCCAGCAGGCGUGGGAGUUCGCGCACCCACUGCCGCAGGCAACGAUGGACGCAAUGGAGGCCCGGCGUGCGGGUGGCGUGGCAGGAGGUGGUGGGGGUAGCAUGGCCGGCGCGGUCGGCGCCAACGACCACAACACGCGACAUUGCCACCUCACCUUCGUGUGCCGUACCCGCGGCGUCAUACAUGGACUCGCGGGUUACUUCGAGUCAGUGCUGUACGCGCCUAGUGGAGCUGCGGAUGGGACAGGAGAAGAGCGGGAGCACGGAGAGGUGAUUCCGGAAAAGAUCGAGCUGAGUACGCUGCCGGAUAUGAUCGAUCGGAAGAGCAAGGAUAUGAUAUCUUGGUUUCCGAUCUUCUUCCCGCUCAAGCAACCACUCUAUUUCCCGCCGGACACUGAGUUGGAAGUCAGCAUGUGGCGACAGACUGACGACGCAAAGGUAUGGUACGAAUGGAUAGUCGAGGCGUUCAUGUGGGUUGGCCCGACCCAGAGGGUCAAGGUUGGGGGUUCGGAUAUGUGCAGCAGCCGCAAAGUGGCCUGUCUCUUGUGA